AUGAAUCUAGAUCUAUAUUCACCACACCUGAACAAGAACAGCAGGAAUACUUACUCGAUGAUCGUACAGCAUUCAAUAUUCUGUAAUAUGACCCCAAAUACCGUCGAUACCAUUCGCAAAGUAGUGAAUGAUCAACUUAUUCCAAAAAAUAAGGCUGAAUAUGGUCAAUUUAUGACGCCUAGUGUAAUUGCAGAAUUCAUGGCUAAAUUAUUUGAUAAGCAGGCACUUAAUGUGAAAUUAAUUGAUUGCGGUGCAGGAAUAGGCUCUCUUUCAAUUUCAGCAAUUAGUCAUCUUAAAAAUAUAGAGCAAGUAGACUUAUGGGAAAUUGACCCAAUAAUGUCAAAACCUUUAGAAGUAAAUAUGAAGGAAAUGGAGAUAUUUACAGAAGAUUUUAUAUCAAGUGCCGUAACGAAGUUGCUUGAUAACGAUCAUGAGCUUUACACACAUGCCAUUAUAAAUCCUCCAUAUAAGAAGAUUAAUAGUAAUUCAAAGCAUAGACUGGAACUCAGAAAAGUAGGAAUAGAGACUGUAAAUCUAUAUUCAGCAUUUCUAGCCUUAACUAUUAAAAUGAUGGCUGAUGAUGGUCAAAUUGUAGCAAUUAUUCCUCGCUCAUUCUGUAAUGGUCCUUAUUACAAAUCUUUUAGAGAGCUAAUGUUAAAAGAAUGCUCAAUUGAGCAUAUUCAUAUAUUUGAUAGUAGGAAUAAGGCAUUCAAAGAGGAUGAUGUCCUACAAGAAAAUAUCAUCAUCAAGUUAGUUAAAUCAAAGGUUUCAAACCAAUCAUCUGACCAUAAAUUUAAUGAUUAUCAGGAAAAUAUAUUUGUAUUUGAGGAUAUCGUGAAGCCAAAUGAUCCUGAAAUUUUUAUCCAUAUUCCGACAAAUACAAGAACAUUUAGUGAUGAACAAGCUUUGUUUUCCAAGACACUUUCAGAGCUUAAUCUCAAUGUAAGUACUGGACCUGUUGUUGAUUUCCGGAUGAAGGAAUACUUAGAGAUGGAAGCUAGUGAGGAUAAUGUUCCUUUACUCUACCCCCAUCAUUUUGAAAAUAGAAAAUUGGUUUAUCCUAGAGUGCAUAAAAAGCCAAAUGCUAUUAGAGUCGAGCCCGCAUCACAAAAGUGGCUAUUUCCUAAUGAUGGAUAUUAUGUACUUGUUAAAAGGUUUUCUGCUAAAGAAGAGCGUAGAAGAAUUGUGGCCUAUGUUGUAGCUCCUAAUGAAAUUAAUAAAAAGUGGAUAGGUUUUGAAAAUCAUUGGAAUGUAUUUCAUAUAAAAAAACAUGGGCUGAGUAAAGAUAUUGCCUUUGGUUUGGCAUGUUUUUUAAAUAGCACGAUUGUUGAUGAUUACUUCAGAGUAUUUUCAGGACACACCCAAGUAAAUGCGACAGAUUUAAAAAAUAUGAAAUAUCCCUCUAUUGAGAGUUUGGGGGAGCUUUCAAAGCAAUAUGAAAUAACGAUAGACCAAAAUGAAAUUGAUAGACUUGUUGAAGGCGAUGAUGAAGCAAUACAACAAAAGCUGGAUGAUGCUAGACAAAUCUUAAAUGAUAUAGGCAUGCCUAAAGAGCAGCAAAAUCAAAUAUCAGCACUAUGUUUCUUAGCUUUACUAGAUAUAACACCACAUAAAUCUUGGAAAGAUGCAAAAGAAAGAAUGAUGGGUAUCACACCUAUCAUGAAGUGGAGUCAUGAACAUUAUAAAAAAUACUAUGCUCAAAAUACGAGAGAAGAUUUCCGAAAAGGUUCUAUACAUCAAUUUUUAGAAGCAGCAAUUGCUUUAGAAAAUCCUGAUAAACCCAAUAGACCUAAAAAUAGUCCUAAUUUUGGCUAUCAAAUUGAAAGUCAUAUCCUAAAUUUAGUAAUUAGCUUUGAAACAGAUGACUAUCAAAGUAAGUUAAAAGAAUAUCUUUCAACUAGAACGAGUUUAAUUGAUACAUAUGAGCGAGCUAGAGCUAUGCAUAUGGUUCCAUUAAACCUUCCAGAUGGUAAUCAUUCAGUAUUAAUAAAGGCAAUUAUUGAGAAUUUUGCGCCGAGAUUUAUUCAUGGUGGAAUACCACUCUACGCUGGUGAUACAGGGGAUAAAGAUGGUCUUUUUAAUAAGGAAUAUUUAAAAGACUUAAAUGUCGAAUUAGAUGGGCAUGGAAAAUUACCUGAUGUAAUAAUUCACGAUCCAACUAAAAAUUGGCUAUUUCUUAUAGAGUCAGUAACGAGUACGGGUCCAGUAGAUCAUAAACGUUUGGUUUUCGUUUCUGCAUUUCCUGACCGCAAACUGUAUGCAAAAUUUAGUAGUAAGCUUGCAUGGGAAACAGAAGUAUGGAUUGCUGAGCAUCCAACUCACAUGAUUCAUCUUAAUGGAACUAGAUUUAUGGGUCCAUAUACUGAUAAAGAGUUAGAUUCAUAA